UCAACCAUUAACAAAUAUUAAGCAAAUGGAAAAGCUUUUCUUCACUCCAUUCCCCAACUUGGAAUACCCUUUGGAUCAGUGUUCUAUAUUCCCAUCACAUCAUUACCAGUCUCUUCUUCCCUCUUACGAAAAUGGGUCCCUGGAAAUGCUUCAUGAAACACCAUCCCAACACAAGGUUUCCUACAGAGGGGUUCGAAAGCGGGGACCUGGCAACUACGCGGCGGAGAUAAGAGACUCUACGAGGAACGGGGCGAGGGUUUGGUUGGGAAUCUUCGACACUGCCGAGGAUGCUGCUUUGGCCUACGACCAAGCUGCAAUAACAACACGUGGCGACAAAGCUGUUCUCAAUUUCCCUCCUCAUGUCGUUCUGCAAUCGCUGCACAACAUGGAGUUCAGGUUCCCCAGAGGCCUCUCUCCUGUUCUCGAACUCAAGAGGAGGAACUUGAUGAAGAGGAGGGUGGGGCGCAGGAAGAUGAGGAGACAAAAGCACAUUGGAAUGGAAAAUAUCGUGGUUUUGGAAGAUCUUGGAGCAGAUUAUUUGGAAGAACUUCUCGCACUGUCUGAACAUAAAUUCUAG